CAUCAAAUUUGAACGCAAAUCAAACAAGUCAACGUCUCUUCUUCUUCAAAAUUUCCGCCCCUAUCGAAUUUCAGAGAGAUAGAGAAGCAGAAGCGAUGUUGCUGAUGGACAAUUCAAUCAUCACACCGCCUUCUUUCUUGAUCACAGCCAUGUCUGUGUUGAGUUUGGUGUCAUUAGUAUUCUUGGGGUGCUCAGAAAUCAUGGGAAAGCACCUGAAAUAUUCAAAGUUUUGGAAUGUUAAUAAUUCUGGGAAAUCACAGGUUAAACUUUCCAGUAGAACUGGGAUGCUUAUAUUUUAUACACCUGCAGUUUUGGCCGGUCUUGCUUCUUUCUGGAUCUUCCCUCAUCAGGGUUUCAGGUUUCUGCUGCUCACUUCUGCUCUUACCUUCCAUUUCUUCAAAAGAGACUUCGAGGUGCUUUUCAUUCACAAAUACAGUGGUGGAGUGAUUCUUGAUUCUGCAAUUCUUAUCGGUGCAUUGUAUUUCGCGGCCACUGCAAUGAUGAUAUAUUUUCAACACCUAUCAGAAGGAUUACCAGAGCCAAGAAUCGAUUUGAAGUAUGUUGGGAUGGUUGUGUUCUUAUUGGGAAUAAGUGGUAACUUCUAUCACCACUACCUGCUUUCAAAAAUGAGAGAAGAUGGUGAAAAACAAUACAAGAUUCCUAAGGGAGGUUUGUUUGAUAGAAUAGUGUGCCCACAUUAUCUGUUUGAGAUAUUAACAUUUUGGGGGAUUUUUCUAAUUUCUCAAAAUUUGUAUGCAUUAUGUUGUGCUUUAGGUGUAAGUUUUUACUUGAUGGGAAGGAGUUAUGCUACUAGGAAAUGGUACCUUUCUAAAUUUGAGAAUUUCCCACAAGAUGUAAAAGUUGUCUUUCCAUAUGUUUUUUAGACAAUGAGGGAAAUUAAGUUAGGAAAUAAACAAGAUUUGUUUGUAUAGGUUAUAUAAAUGAUGUAUAAUUUGAUUUUACACUUGUAUUA